AUGGAAACCGUGGUCCCAUUCAUGAUCGAAAAGCUGAAAUUGAGCAGUUUAACGUACAAAAUGACACGAAGCAUGAGUGAUGGAACAUUGAGAAGACACGUGGAGAACAUUCGAGUGGAUGCAUUCAAAUUGUGUAAUACUGUACAGAGACCAUUCGGAAGGAGGGUUAAGGACAUUGGAGCAUGGCAGAAGGCUAUGGAGCUUCUCGGAAUCCUCGGCGUCAUUGUCAACUGUGCCCUCAUCGGUCAAUCCGGUCUUGUCCAGAGGAUCUGGCCAGACUUAUCAUGGGGUGGCCAGAUAUUGAUUGUUGUGGUUUUGGAGCAUGUCAUUCUUGCAUCAAAGAUGAUUAUUGAUAUUCUGGUACCGGAUGUUCCACAUUGGGUCAGAAUUGAGACGGCGAAGCAGGAACAUUUCAGGAGGGAGGCGUUUAAAAGAGAAUCUCGCCUACUCUCCCAUACCCAAACACCGUCAUCCGACCAACUUCAAUCUUCAAAUAACCAACAAGAACCGACUACACCAGAUGCUGCAUCGAGAUUCAAUCGAUUGGAUCAGAUCAAUAGAUCAAAGAGGAGAAGUAUCACUCCGAUGGUCAGAUUAUCCAGUUUCACAAGGAUACCAAGGAACGAGGAUAAUUGUAUCGAUUGA